UUGUAGAUGGUGCAAGAAAGUGACGAAGACAGCGAGAGUGUUCAGUCGUCUUGUUACAGUGAUAUCGGCUCACCUAUGCCAUCGACUCCACAGUCGAUGCCGUCAACACCUCAAUCAAUGCCGUCAACACCCACUGUGAUAUCUGCUACAACUGUUUACACACCAACCCGGGCUGAUAAUGACCAGUCAACUCCAGUAGAUGAGAAUGUGCAAAGCUUCUUGAGUCCAAUGGGACCACCUUUGCAGACUACAGUUCCGAAAUCUGGGGGCCUGGGCAAGAAAUUUCAGGAUGCUAUGGAAAGAGAUAAACAAAGAAUGGAAGAGGAAGCAGAAUUGAUCGCAAGUAGAACAAGAUCUAAGUUCCCCAUGACAGACUGCUCUAUAUUGGAUAUUGAGGCGGGUUUUGUAGCUCCGGAUAUAACACAGGAUAUGUACGAGACAUGUGACGACCUAGACUGGAAGGAGUUCCUCUCUACGCUUAUCACUUUCCCUGACGAUACAAUAACAAACAAAUUGAACAUAACAAACGAAGAAGAAGACACUGAAGAUGAUCCGGAGUAUAAUUUCCAGGAAGAGAUUGAUACAUUUGAGUAUGAUAGAGAAGAUUUCAGAGAUGACAGAGCUGUUAAAGUAUCCAAGAAGGAGAUGAACAUGCUGUUGGAUGAUGUACUGAACAAUGACGAGGACUACGAUAAUAUAGAUGAACAAUACAAGAUCACCAUCAAAACACAGUCGGAAAAAAUUGUGUUUAAUAGUAACAAGAAGAAACAGACGCAGUACCAGCAGUCUCUGAUCUCAGCUAUAGGCGAACAUGAACGCAAACAGAUAGAUGAUCAGCUAAGGAAGCAUGUACAGCAGUUGGCUCAGACGUAUGUGUUGUCUCAGAAUGGUAUAGCAGAACAUAAACCUAUGGGACAUACAGCUCGAUUUUAUCUGAACGAACUAAAAAACUUUGCGGAUAAAUCGGAAAUAAUUUAUGGUACAUCAGCAUACAGAGUUUGUAAUCUGGGAGAAGCUCUCCGUCUCGUGGAUGAUGACUUGUGGCAACAACAAGCAGAUGACAUACCUCCUGAUGUCAAGGAAAGAAUAGAAUCUCUGACAUUUAAACAUGAUUCUCAGACUUUACCGGCAUUAACUUAUAAACAGAUGUUAGUCAUGUGGACCAGUCCAGUUUUUAUAUUUCCCGAGUUACUACCACAUGGUGGAUUUUUUAAACAAGUUGAUAUCAAGAGAGACAGGGCUAGAGUAAAAUUCCUGGAAUCAGAAGAUAAUUUACUAGCAAUGGGUGUGGCCCAGUUUAGUCAUCUAAAGAAGGAUGCCAAGGAUUAUAUACAGAGAUUUAUGUUACCAUGUAAAUCAAGGAAACAGAUUGAGAUACGUAUAAAGAAUCUCAAUGCCAAAGUUGCCAAAGACAAUGCUGUUAAGUUUUUCAAAAGGUAUAAAAUACUACCUAGGUUUCCUCAGCAUUGUCCAGAUUUUGACAUAAGUAUGAUGAAGUCAUUUAAAGAUAGCCAUUAUGAUUGGAAUGAGCUGCCAUGGUGGUGUCGGUUUUUCUGUAUAGAUGACUCGUGUUUUUCUAAUGAUUCAAUGAGGGAUCAGUUGGAUAGACAGAAGGAGAUAAAAAGACGAAGAAGGGAGAGACUGUCGGCCAGUUUUUCUGUGUCAGAGUCGGACAUCGCAGCUAUGCUAACACCACCUUGCUCGUCAGCUUCAGCACCAGUCACGCCUCAUCAGAAUACAGACAGCAGCAUUUCAGGAUCAUCCGGUAGUGAAACUGGUAUCAUCUUACGCCCUGUGAAGAGAAAAAGGCCAAGACGACCAAGCAGAAAAAAAUUAAAUAUGAACAAACAGAAGAAAAGUGAAAUGGGAGUUGUAGGUUCCUUUGUACCGAUACCGCUGCCCAGCUCUACUGUUCCAAAACCUCAGCCAAGUCCAUUAACAAUCUGUGUUCUUGACAAUAUACAGGGUUUAAGCCAGGUACCAAACACCAUAAGUCCAUGUCUUGGCACCUUGUCAGGAAAUACGUCUGCUUCUUGCACUCAGCCAACAAUACUCGUGAUUAAUAAAAAUGCUGCGCUACAAACACAAAGUUUUAGCCAGGCAGUGACUUUUUCAUCUUCAAUGAUAUAUUCCCAACCAUCGACACCAUAUACGCAGAUGUCCUCUCAUGUACCGCUUUCAAUGCCAUUGUUAAGUGCAGAAAGUUCAAGGAACGAGAGUGACGUUGAUACAAAAGAGCUGACAUUUGAGGAUAUUUGUAGACCAAUCAUGGAAGCGGAACUGGCAGAAGGAGGUGUGGAGCAGGAUGACUUGACAGAAAAGGAACUUUGUAGAUUGUAUAGUGAAAAUGGUUCGGUCUUUCAUGUGGACGGUGUUAAAAGUGAUGUUAUUGUUAAUGUUGUUGAAAGUGUUACUGAAAAUAGCACAGUCUUACCAAAUGUUGAAAGUGUGACUAUAAAUAGUACAGGCAUACCUAAUGUUGAAACUGUUACUAUAAAUACUAAAGCCAUACCUAAUGUUGAAACUGUUACUAUAAAUAGUAACAAUGGACCUGAUCACAGAUCAACUUCUAGCCAAUCAACUGAUGUACCAAAUCGGGCUUUAAGUUCAGAUGUUCUGAAUAACAGUAUGUGUGAAGUAUAUUCUAAUGAAAUUCCAACCACUGUGUUAGAAGAUCAAAGUGAAAUGUCAAAUAAUGACGUGGAACCAGCAUUAGAAAAUGUUGCAACUUCUUUACCUAUUGAUGAUCUGAAACAAGAAGUUGCUGUCCAAGUUGAGACUAAUGCGACACCUGUUGAAGGUCAGAAAAGGGACGAAAGUGAAGGGACAAAUGAUUCCCUGAUGGAGUGCAGGUGUACCCCAACACAAGAAUUAAGUUCUCAAACGAGUGGUUAUACUGAAAUGACACCGAAACAGUCACGCUCCAGUUCUGAUAUGUCAAGUAGUGAAAAGACCCCAAAAUCUUCGUUAGAGGUUGUAGCGUCUCUAGCGCCUUAUUUCAUUUCUCCGAUUCAUAGUGAUGGAUCGCUACAAUAUAGUUUAGAAAAGACUCCGUCAAAAAGGAAACUUCCUACUCUGGCUCCAAAGUCAGUGUCCCCUAGUCAAAGAAGUGUGCCAAUUUCAUUCAGUGAUCUUAGAAGUCCACCACGUCAGAAGAUAAGUCCAAGUCCACGGAAAAAGCAUCUCCAGCAACAAGUGAAAACUAUCUUGCCUAAAGGUUUUGUUAUGAGUUCGUUUGACACUUCACCUGCUAAAAAAGCUGCAUCGAGCUUGGUUGAUAAAGCUAAACAUCUCGUGAACAGUUCACCAAAAGGUUUUUGUAAAAUACUUCCUCGUCCUCCAAAUCAGACUGUUUCCAAAAGUGGCACCGUGUUAAGCAGAUGGAAGAAAAGACGAAGUGCAAAGAGAGUUGUGAAUAUGAAUAAACAAGACAAUACAAAAGAGUCUGGGAUUGAUACUCAGAGUGAAGACAUGUCUGAUAAUGUGAAUGAAGAGGUUAACGAGAACAACAACCAGACAGGUGACGAGGACGAUCGAUAUGGUGACACAGAGAGUGAUUAUACACAGAGUGAGGAUGGCAAUGAAACACAGGGUACAGAUGGUGAAGAUGUUGACACCCAGGGUACAGAUGACGGAGAGGGAACACUAGGUACAGAUGGGGACAGUCAGGACAGUCAAGAAGAGGACAAUCAUAUAGCUGAUCUCAUGACAGCUAGUACUACUAUAGGGUUUGUGCCGACCAGAGAAAGUCUUCACAGUGGAUCAAGAUUAAGAAGGAAAGAUAGGAACAGAGCCCUGACUCUGGCACUGUUGGAGCCAGAUAUUGUAGAGGCUGAUCCCCAGCGUGACCUUAGAGAUACGUUAUUUGCCCAAGCAUACAUACAUAAAGUGAAGAAAGUAUUGAAAGAUGAUGUGGAUAAACUAGAAAAAUUUCUCAGAUUAAUGUAUCAUUUUAGCCAAGAGGGAACCUCCCCCGUCAAGUUAUACAAUGAUCUACAAGAACUGUUCUCAAAUCAGCUGGAGUUGAUCAGUGACUUUGCUAGUUUCCUACAAGCUGACCAAGCCCUAGAGUGUGGUUGUUACAAGGCCUACCAAGAAUUUAAUAAUGCUAGAAUAUUUUUAAGAAAACUGGAGAUAUAUUUCACAAAAAAUCCAAACCAGCUUCAGAAAGUUAUGAGAACAUUUUCACGCUGGUAUAAGAAACCGGGGAGGAAGGAAUCGGAUCUACGUGAACAAAUUGAACCUAUGUUGAAAGGUCAAAAGCUCCUACUGGAAGAGUUCUCUAUGUUCUUUCCAAGUGAACGGCCCAGUGAAAGUAUGAUGGAUGACUUUGAGGAGGUAGAUCUGGAUGAUAGCGGGGAGAAUGAAGAUAAAGAUACGAGUUUUGAGGAGAUCAAUCUGUUAGAUAUGGAGGAAGUUUAUGGUACGAAGAGAUGCCCCUGUGAGUGCCAUGAUGCUGGGGACGAUACCUACAGGAAGAGGAAAAAACAUUGUUACAGAUGUUGUCUAACAGUUAUUGAUGGCGAAUUAGUUUUUAAAGUGAACAAGUCCACCAUAAAGAAGAUAAAUGUAACUUAUGGUCCCCCAGUCAAAUUGAGCACUCUUAUAGAUAAGGACCAGUCUGAAACCACUAGACAGGAAGUGGUCUGUAAUAAAACAACAAGCCAGGAGCCAAACAGUACAGAAAGUAAUGCUCUAGAGACUGAUGUCAGGGAACCAGUAAAUAUGGACUGGUUUUUGGAUCCAGAGACUGCAGAGAAAGAAAAUAUUGAACAUUUCAAUGAGGAAACCAGUACUGAGAAAGAUGGCCCUCAAAGAAAAGCAAAGGGAAAAUCCUCUCCAAGUAAAGAAUCAUUUCUACAAAGAAUCAGCAAGUUGUCCAGAAAUCAGCCACAGGAAAAGCAGACGAGAUUAUCAUCUGUGAUCAAAGGGAAGUCUCUGUCCCCCAAAUUGAAAGGGGAACAACCCUGUGAGAUUUCACAGGGAGAUAAUUCAAAGCAGCAGCAAAGCAUGGAACCAAUGGAUGUAGAUGAAGUGAAUGAAUCUGAAAAGGAUGCACAAGGAUCUACCAGUAUUGAAGAGAAUAAUAGUGAAACAAUGGAAGUAAUGUCUUCGCAAAUAGAGACUGCACAUCCAUUGUCAAAGAAAAACCUAAAUGAUUUUUCAUCAAAUGGAAUAAUUAUAGAUAAUGAACAAACAUCUAGUGAAAGAUAUAUUGGAGAUAAAGAAGAGAUGGUCAGUAAUAAAUCUGAGAAAAAACUUGUAUCUGAAGAGUUAGGGCAAACUGAUGAAAAUGUUAAAGGAACUAGUGAUAUUUUAGCAGCAGCAUUUACUAAUGCUCUCAAUACAGAAGUAUCAAUGGAUUCUCUAUGUUUUCCUUUUCAUAUGUCUGCAGAUAACAAAACUGAGUCUACAGAUGUUGCUAAUAUCAAACUAAAGAAAUCAUUGCAUGAUUUGCAGAACAAAAGUGAUAUGACUGUGAAUGUUGAAAAUACUAUCAGGCCAACAGUGUUAACCUGUGAGGUGUCAAAUUCUGUGCCAGUAUUUGCCCCUGCUGGUCAGAAUAAUCUCCAUGUUUCAAAUGAUUCCUCAUUCCAAAAGGUACCAUCUUCUGAAAAUAUAAACCCUAAAUCCAAAGAGAUAGAAGCGAAAGAUUCUGUUAACAUACCAGAAAAGGUUAAGAACAGUGUUAAUGAUGGUAAAGAGGAAGGAAUAGGAAAGUCAGUGCCAAGUGAGCUAAGUAAGGUAGACUAUGUCUUGGAAGCAAGCAAAUCACCACCCUUUUCUCCAUUCUCUCCUUUUUCACCAUUUGCUCAGGAGAUACAGAGUAUUACUUCUGCCCAAAGUCCUCGCUGUGCAAAGUCCAGGAGUAACAAGGUCAUUAUCCUCAUCAGGCAAAGUUAGGAGAAUAACACCCAUUCCUAUCAAAGGAUCAGAAGAGAAAACAAACUCACAGUCAUCGUUUCAGACGGCAGUGGAAAAUUCACCAGUCAUUCGUGAUGUUCCAGUUGUUUCUAGUCCAUACGAAAAUAUUGAAUCUAAAGGUGGCAAAUCC